ACUGAACUUCCGGUUAUCUUUGGAUAUUUUGGAUUAGCUUGAAUGUCCCCUUCACCGUCGGAGGAGAUGAUGCAGAUCAAGAUCCUCCACCGUUACGAUGUCUCGCCGCCGGCGAACUCAGUCCCGGCAACCGCUCUCCCCCUCACCUUCUUCGACAUCCCGUGGCUCCUCUGUUGCCCCAUCCAACGCCUUUUCUUUUACGACUUCCCUCAGUCUCCUCCCUCCUUCGCUCAGACCACCCUCCCGCUCCUCGUCCGCUCACUCUCCCUAGCUCUCCGCGGUUUCUUCCCCUUCGCCGCCAACCUCGUCCUCCCCCUGGCGCCGCCUUGGAAGCCCCACAUCCUCUACUCCGACGGCGACUCCCUCUCCUUGACCGUCGCCGAGUCCGCCGCCGACUUCGCCGAGCUCGUCACCGACGAGGCGCGCGACGCGACGCUGAUACACCCUCUGGUGCCUCAGCUCGCUGCGCCGCGUGCGUUCAACGGCGCACGUGUGGGGCCCCUCAUGGCGAUUCAGGUGACCCUGUUCCCAAACAAGGGCUUAUGCAUUGGGGUCCACUUCCUCCACGUAGCGGCAGAUGGGAGGUCCUUCAAUCACUUCAUGAAAUCGUGGGCGUCCAUUCACCGGUCCGCAGGAGACCCGACUUGCGUUGACCCGGACGACUCGGGCCCUUUCCACGACCGAGAAGUGAUCAAAGACCCGAAUGGGAUCGAGCCCAUAUUGCUGAAAGACUGGUGGAGUUGUGCGGGCUCUAGCCCGAGCCCGAUCCCGAGCCCGAGCGAAGCUCUUCUCACUGUUGCUGACAAGGUGAGAGUAACAUUUGUCCUUGGAAAAGAUCACAUCGACGGGCUAAAAGUGCAGGUCUCAAGUCAACUCAAGACCGACAACGUUGACUCGGAGUCGGAGCCAAUCCACCUGUCGACAUUCGUGGUGACGAGUGCGUUCAUAUGGGUAUGCAUGAUCAAGUCGAGAGGCAAAGAACACCAGCGCCGCGAGCAAACAUCAUCAGAGAGCAGUGACGACGAGCUUUGUCGUUUUUGCUUUUUGGCAGAUUGUAGGGACCGACUCGAAUACUCAAUACCCUCGACGUACUUUGGGAACUGUUUGGGCAUAUGUUUCCUCGCGGAGAAGAGGAGUACGCUCUUGGGCAAAAGUGGAAUUUCACAUGCUGCAAGGGCUAUAGGAGGGAGAGUCAAGGAAGUGAAGACGGGUGGAGGAUUGAGAGGGGCGGAGAAAUGGAUUAAGGACUUUAAUGCAGCUAACGAUGGGGACUUUGUGACAGUGGCUGGGUCGCCGAGACUGAAGGUGUAUGACACGGAUUUCGGGUGGGGGAGGCCGAUGAAGAGCCACGUGGUGCAUAUAGACAUGUCGGGCUCGAUCGCUCUUGCAGACAGUAGGAAUGGGGAUGGUGGUGUGGAGGUCGGGCUAGCGUUGACUAGGGUUUGCAUGGAGAAGUUUGUUUCUUUACUUGAAAAGGGAUCAAAAUCAUUUAUGUCAUUUUAGUGUACAUGUCGUCCAUAUAAUCCUACGUCAAUUUCAACCGAAAUCCUUAUGAUUC